GUCUCGCGGGGGUCCGGACUGGUUUAGUCGUCGCAAACAUGAAAGCAGCUACGGUGGUGCUAAGCAUUUUUGGGCUUGCUGCCUUGGCCAGUGCGGCCCCGCUCGAGAGCAACCCAUGGGCACUGAUCCCGGACGGUAAUGGCAGGCUGCAUCUGAUCAACGUCAACCCGUACGAUGUACCGACCGGUGACAAUGAGGUCGAGCCGCUGUUUGACCCCGAGAACGACGUCGUGUUCCGGCUGUACACGCGUCGCAAUCCGGUCCAUCCGCAGGUGAUCCGCUGGAACGAUGCCGGAUCCGUGUCCGGUAGCAACUUCAAUUCGGCCCAUCCUACCCGCUUCCUGAUCCACGGCUUCCUCGAGGGUGAGGAUGCCAGUUUGCACUGGAGCAUUAAGGACCAUUUCAUCCGCAUCGGUGAGUUCAACAUCGUGAACGUGGACUGGGGUGCGGGUUCGCAGACGAUCAACUACAUUGCCGCCCGUAACCGUGUCGGUGCGGUGGGUGAAAUUAUUUCGCGCAUGAUCAACACCAUCGUGUCCGCUACUGGAGCGUCCCGCAACAACAUUAAUCUGAUCGGACAUAGUUUGGGUGCGCACGUGGCGGCUAACGCUGGCAAGCACCAGAAUGGACAGCUGAACACGAUCAUCGGGCUGGAUCCGGCUGGACCGCUGUUCUCUUCCGGUCAGGCCGAUAUUUUCGGUGCCAAUGAUGCGCUGUACACGGAAGCGAUCUAUACGAAUGCUGGUCUGCUUGGAUUUGAUCAGCCGCUGGCGCAUGCCAACUUCUACCCGAACGGAGGUCGUUCGCAGCCGGGCUGUAUUCUGGAUGUGGCUGGAAUCUGUGCACAUAAUCGGGUGAACGAUUUCUAUGCUGAGUCUGUGUCGUCGUCAGUUGGCUUCCGGUCGGUGCGUUGUGCCGACCAUGGUGAGAUCCUGGCGGGACGUUGUACACCGAGCGGUGCCAAUGCUAAUAUGGGCGGUGAGCCAUCGAACCGUGGACGCGGUGUUUCGGGCGUUUACCAUUUGACCACCAACUCUAACUCGCCGUUCGCGCAGGGUUAG